GUAGGCUGUCAUUCUGCACAAGCUGCCCAGAACAAGCUCUCCUAAGCAGCAAAGCUGCUCCUCUUCAGAACGGCUGAACUGCUGUGUUGUCUCUGGAGACAAGAAGCCUUCAGUAUGUUAAAUUACUUUCAUUAUGCAUUUGCAGAUGCUUAUUGAUUCUACAGUAGGAAGUGGGAGACUGCAGCAGGCUCUGACAGCAGCAUUACAUGCUGUAUGCAUGAACAUAACGCUGAAACAAUGGCACAGCACAAAUACAAAUUUUCAUUAAGGUCCUGUUUUGGAGAGAUGCUUUUUACCCUCUUUCCCCUCUACUCUGCUAACAAGUGAAAAAACAAAAAAACAAACCAAAAACAGUGAAUCCCUCCAAACUGGAACUGCUCCACCAGCUUCAGGAAUGUAUUCAAUCCUUCGUAGAGCAUCUAAUUCAGUUUCAUUACUGAUAACAUGAAGAACACAGUUGCCUGGGGAUUUUCCUUGCAGUUUGUUCUACAAGCUUCAGGACGUGUCUAUAAUACAUUUUUUAAAACAUAGAGGAUUUGGGGGGAAAUUUAUCGAGUUACCCCACAAAUGGUGUGUAAUGCACUCGUCUACACAGAAGACUAAAAUGAUACCUGCUCAAAUGAAAGAAGAUUUAUUCAGUGGAUUGUUGCUAAAGUAGAAAUGGCAAGCAUCUCUUACAAAUGGAUAUAUAAUGCAAAACCAGAAAUGUGGAUAUGGCUGAUGGACAAAGGAACAGUAAGACAAGAAUUCCCUGAAAGAUUGUCUGGAUAACACCAGCAAACUAAAAUUAGGACUAAAACAAAAUUUUAAUAUAUCCAUAAAAUGUUAUUUGGGUUAUUUGUUAAAAUGACUAAAGUUUAAGGAAACUAUUAUAAGCCAGCUGACAUACAUCAUGGCUCCAAAGGAAAACACAGGAACUGGAUUAUUACAACAAACAGCAAUUUCUGUUGCAAACCUGCAAUUCCAGAAUAAUGAGCAACCUAACUCCAGACUAAUGACUCCAGAUGAAUAAAACCACUGUACACCUGCAACAAGAGGAUAUCUAAAUAGAUUUCCAAAGUCAAUUAAACUGGUUUCAAUUUUUAUUUUGUUACUGUAAGGGGGGGAAUAAAAAUGGUGCCAAGCAACACAGAAGAGGAAAGAAAUUACGAACCAUUUACAACAGUGCUACUAUCCACGGAUGGAUUAAAAGAUAAUUCUUAUUCACUGGGAUCUGGUCUGUGGAAACAUAUUAGGAAACUAAGUAUUUUUGUUUACUCUGCUGCUGAGGUGCUUGAACAAAAAGAAAACUAAAAUAUUCUGUCAGGCAGGAAACAGAUUGCAGCCAUCUCUGUUGCCAGGUGAAACCGCAUGUCAAAAUCUGUCAGUGACACCAUGUAUGAAUUUAUGACAAGCUGCUACAGCGAGUUGAAGGGCCCUUGAGGCAACAGAAAACAGGGCAAAACAAACUUCCAACAAAAGAAUGUGUUUCUCUUCCAUUCCAGAAGUCAACAUGCAGUCUGAAUCUAACAUUACAGUUCGAGAUGCCAUUGAUGACAUCAACACCAAUAUGUACCAACCACUGUCUUACCCAUUAAGCUUUCAAGUGUCUCUCACUGGAUUUCUGAUGUUAGAAAUAGUAUUGGGACUUGGCAGCAACCUCACUGUAUUGGUACUUUACUGCAUGAAAUCCAACUUAAUCAAUUCCGUCAGCAACAUUAUUACAAUGAAUCUUCAUGUUCUCGAUGUAAUAAUCUGUGUGGGAUGUAUUCCUCUAACUAUAGUUAUUCUUUUGCUUUCACUGGAGAAUAACUCUGCACUUAUCUGCUGCUUCCAUGAAGCUUGUGUGUCCUUCGCAAGCGUUUCCACUGCAAUCAAUGUCUUUGCCAUUACUUUGGACAGAUAUGAUAUCUCUGUGAAACCUGCAAAUCGUAUUUUGACAAUGGGAAGGGCUGUGAUACUCAUGACAUCAAUCUGGAUUGUCUCCUUUUUCUCCUUUUUGAUUCCAUUCAUUGAAGUAAAUUUCUUCAGUUUUCACAGUGCGAAUACUUGGGAAAAUAAGACACUCUUGUGUGUCAGUGCAAAUGAAUAUCACACAGAACUAGGAAUGUACUACCACCUUUUAGUACAAAUUCCAAUCUUCUUCUUCACAGUCGUAGUAAUGCUAAUUACAUAUAGCAAAAUACUCCAGGCACUUAAUAUCCGAAUAGGCACAAGAUUUUCCACAGCACAGAAGAAAAAAGCAAGGAAGAAAAAGACAAUUUCUUUGUCUACACAACAUGAAACCACUGAUGCAUCACAAAGCAGUGGAGGGAGAAAUGUUGUCUUUGGGGUAAGGACUUCGGUUUCUGUUAUAAUUGCUCUACGGCGGGCUGUAAAACGACACCGAGAACGACGAGAAAGACAGAAGAGAGUCUUCAGAAUGUCACUGUUGAUCAUUUCAACUUUUCUUCUCUGCUGGACACCAAUUACAGUUUUAAAUACAACAAUUUUAUGUUUGGGCCCAAGUGACCUUUUGGUAAAGCUGAGAUUAUGUUUUCUAGUCAUGGCAUAUGGAACCACCAUCUUCCACCCUCUACUAUAUGCAUUCACUAGGCAAAAAUUUCAAAAAGUUCUGAAAAGUAAAAUGAAAAAACGUGUCGUUUCAAUAGUAGAAGCCGACCCUAUUCCAAAUAAUGCUGUAAUACACAACUCAUGGAUAGAGCCUAAGAGGAACAAGACAAUUACUUUUGAAGACAAUGAAGUAAGACAGAAGUGUUUAGUACCUCAGGUUGUCACAGACUAGAUUUCAGUAUGCAUUAUCAUGUAAGAAUAACUGUAUGAAAAAGAUGAAGUAAAUUGCCAAAUGAAGAUAUGAAAAAGGAAAAAAAGAAUUGGAUAGAUUAUAAAUGUUUGACAUGUGUUGAAUAGAUUAGGCCUGUAUAUCCUAUUUCUUCAUUAGUCAAGAUGUGUGUUGCAUGGCAGUUUGUUAGAGUAAUAUCAUGGGUAUAUUUUGUCAAUAUUCUGUCCUCUAAUAUACAUCUAAGUAAAUAUUUUCUUAAAAAAUAGCCUUAAAGCAGUGUAACUUUAAAAAAAACAACACCUGAGUUGCUGUAAAUAUAUCAAGCUUUGUUUUUAAGCUUUCUGCCACAGAAAUAGUUGAUGGGAAGCUGCAUGACGUUAAGGUUUUAACUCUUAUUGGCUCUGUUCUGACAUAAUAUACAACUUUCUAUCAAUGAAUUAUUCCAAACUUUCAAGCAGAAUUAGGAGCCUGACAUUAUAAUUGUGUUCAGUGAACAAGAGGGAUGUUCGCCCUUAGCAAGAAAAUACACACACAUUUUUAAGCCAAGGCAGCAAGCACCCCUGCAAACACUUUUCAUUUGAAAAAGUGUUAUAGAUUGUAAAGGAAGGAUAGGAGACUAUGAAAGAAGAAAGCAUGCAGUAAAACAAGUAAAACAUCAUGGUAUAUCAAAUAUUUUUAAAACUCUUUUAUCAAUACUAACUUUCUUUAAAACUCUGUUUUAAGUGGAUAUACUCAUGAUUGCAUGUUUUAAGGCAUUCUUCAAGCACAUAUUCACCAAUAUUACAGACUGGGAAAAGUAAGUGUUCCCAUGCACAGCUACCCAGAGUUAGAAUUUCAAACUUAUUCAGCUAUAUUCCCAUGGUUAUAAUAUCAGACUUUUCCAAAGUUACAGUAUAAUUCUGAAUAGCAACAACAACAACAACAACACCCUGAUUACUCCUUAGUCUGGGACUCGAGGAGACUUACAACAGUUAAAAGAAACUAAAAAUGUUCUGAAAGACAAAUUCUGCACCCCACAAAUUUCUGGAAUUCAUAGUACUGUUCAUCACCAUUUGUUUAUGGGAUAAAAUUAAAAUGGCUCAAGAACUCAUCAUGUUAUACAGGUUGAGUUUCCCUUAUCCAGAAUUCGAAAUACUCCAAAAUCCAAAAUUGUCCUCACGGGUGGCUGAG